AUGGAAAGAAAUAAAAUUGAGAAAAUUAUAAAAAGUAUUCAAGAAGCUCCUCUUUUUCAACAAGCCUUUAUUCACAGUUCCUUUGCUAACGAAAACAAAGAAAAAAAAAUCUCUGAUUACGAAACUUUAGAAUUCUUGGGAGACAGUAUUUUAAACAUGCAUACUUGUCUUUACAUUUACCAAAAUUAUCCUCAUUAUUCUGAAGGAGAAAUGAGUAAAUUAAAACAAUUUAUGGUUCAACAAAAAACCUUGGCUGAAUUAAGCAAAAAAACCAAACUUUUUCGUUUUUUAAAACUUGGAGCAGGAGAAGAAAAAAAUAAAGGCAAACAAAAAGCAAGUACUUUGGCAGAUAUUUUUGAAUCUUUUGUUGCCGCCUUAUAUUUAGAAAAAGGUGCCAAAUCUGUCGAAAACAGCCAAACCAAAAACAAGCAAUUUGUGAUUGAAGUUCGCGAUAGUUUAGGAAAAAUCUGUGCUCAAGGACAAGGAAAAAGUAAAAAAGAGGCUGAGCAGACCGCUGCUCGUCAUGCCUUAGAAAAAAUUGGUAAUUUAAAAUAA